GACAAAGUAGCAUGAAAAAGAAAGCAAAAGCUCUUCAGCUAAUACACAAAUAAAUGAGAGAAAAGUCUAAAAGAUCUAUGUACUUGGAAAUUCACAUUUUCUCUUAGCCUAUAGUGCACAGAAAUUUUAGAAUUAAACUCUGCUCACUAAAAUGCAGAAAGUAUUAUACUUCACACAUAUUCCAUCUGCAGUUUGUUUUGACAAGUUUGCAAAACACUGAAUGAUGUGAUGCAAUGAAUGAAUGGUAGAUUGCAGAAAUUCAGUUUGAAGUUAGAUGCAAAAUUUUGAGUUUUGCUCAUCCACACUCAUCCCUUUUACCUAGAGCUACUGCAAUAAAAUGGGGGCUUGAAGUUGCCAGAUGGUUGUUGUAACUCCUAUGGUUUCUUCAUACAUUUUGUUUUUUCAUUGUGACGCAUUCCUCCAUACAUUUUUGCACCAUGCACUUUUGAAUGCCUUUUGUGUCAUCAGAAAUACAAUCAAUUGUUGUUUCUUUGCAAAUUUGUUUCUUCUUUUGAAAUACUUGUCCCCAAAGAGCUAUCCUGUUUUUAGUUCAUCAAUUUUUCUUUUGAGUUUAUUGUGACUUAAUAGUAGGAUUGUAAUUAGUAUUAUCCUUUUGAUGUUACUUUCAUUCACAUUCGGUUUCCUUGCAAUCUCUUCUUUAAUGUUUCUCAUUUUCAUUUUUUUGCCCAUAUAGUGGGUUACAAGAUUUUCACUCACGAAAUUCACUCGAGUUCGAGUUAUGCUGCUAGGAUAGACAAUUUCAGAAGUUACGAUGCCAUUAGCAAGGACAUAAUUCAGAGGUGGACAUACCCCUAUUUGCCUGAUGUAAAGUUUUGUGGAAACCCUGCAACAAAGCUUGAGAGACAGGGAAUGUAUUGAGCAACAGGCAAAUAUAGAAAGAAUCUGAGAAAUAGCAUUGUCAUGGUCUGCUCAAAUAGGUCCUUUCAGUGGGAUUAGACAUAGCACCAAAAUAGGUAGCAAUGGAAAAUUUUGGAAUUUGGUCAUGGGUGAAGGUGAAAUAUUUCAUCAGAUGUUUCAAUAGAAGGUUCCUAAUAUUCAAAAGUUUCCUUGCUUCCACAACCAACUAAGCAAGAUAGUGAUGAGGAAUUAGAAUAUGCUGACAGUAGUAGUGGGGCUGUGGAACUUUCAUGUACAGUGGAUAAGUUGAAUAGGGAAAUUGCUUCAGAAUUAUCUGGGACACAAUGUGGACCUUCAUCUGAGUUUGGCACUGGUGGAGUUGGUUAUGUUUGGUCUGUAUACAAAUAUUUCCCUGGUUCAUCAGCUUGCCACUGGUGGAGUUGGUUAUAUUUGGUCUGUAUACAAAGGAGGGCAUGAAGAGGAACUGAGACAUUCAGUUGCACCUGUUCCUCCUGAUGAGCUUUUGAAGCUCAUCCAAGACUUAGAUGAUGAUGAUAAUGAAGAACUGGAAUCUGAUUCCAACAGUACAGUGUCUGAAAAUGAUGAUGUGAGUGGAUACUCAUACUCUGCAGACAACUAUACUUGUUUUGAGAGAGAGGUUGAAGAAACCUUUUUAAGAGCUGUCUGUGGAAAUCUCAGAGCAGAUUGAUGCAUUUUUUUUUCUCUUAAACUGAGGGAAAUUGGGGGAGGGGGAAUGAGGAUACAAUGGAGUUGAACCCCAGUGGUGUGGGUGGAGCACCCACACAGUGACCACACAAGCGAUAGGCCAAGGUUCACAAGUGAUGCAUUGUUAGAGGUGAAAUCACUAAGGUUCCUAGUAGCCUUUUCUGUUAUUCCUAAGUGGUAUAUAUGGAAACCUAAAAUCUCAAGUUUCUGUGUAGAAAAGAGAUAUGAUACAUAUCAGAUGAGAGCAUUUCUAUUGGGCAUCGAAGUGACUGCUAUAUGUAGCAGUUAGAAAUUGAAGAAGAGUAUGCUAUUUACUAUUACAAAUUUCGUUUUUGCUAAUGUGAUAUACUGAUGACUUUCAUUGUUCUAUGUGCCUCUAAUCUUCGUGUGAAGUAUCUGAGUUGUAUUUUAUCUGAAUCCGGCCUUAUUAUCACUUUUAGCCUUGUCUUACCCCUUUCUAAUGCCACAAUUGUAUGGCAGGUUAGCUGUACUUAUGAUUUUGGCAUGUAAGAUACUAGGCCUUCUUUGUCCCUUA